UAAGAAAUGAAUUUUUUUUUGUGAAAAAGUACAGUAGAAUAAUAUCAUAAAACACCAGAUAAUUAUAUUUAAUUAUAUUCAGCGAAAUGUGGAUCUUUAUUUUCCUAAUAUUGUGGACAAUACCAGAAAAAGCCGAAGGUAUUUCCUGUUUGUCAUGUUCAUCCGGCUCCUUCGAUGGUGAAGUUUCGUUUUCUUACAGAAGAUUGUGCUAUCUUACAGAUGAAAACACAAAUGUGUAUCAAUCAACCUGUGCCAGCGAUACAGCUACACAAAAAUAUUAUUGCAGGACUCAAAUUCGGCUUUAUGAUGGGAUACCAAACUAUGUAUAUCGUGGUUGUGUAUCAACCUUAUCAGACGAAGACACGACUACUACGGAGAUACCAUCAGGUGACAAGUGUGCAUCAGACAUCAAUAAUUGGGACCCUACUACAAUGAUGAACUGCUAUUUCCACUGUAAUACUAGCGGAUGCAACAACGCUUCAAUCGAAAGCUUAAAAGUGUGUAACAGUGACUGUAGACGAAAUCAAAACCAGGGAUACUGUGAUUACAUCUCUGGAAAAUGCGAUUGUAACAAAGGUAUACAAGGAAACAAUUGCACAGAUUCAUCAGUUGCAAAUAGAAGAAAAUGUGUACAGUGCACAACUGAGCUUGAUCCGAAAUGUGAAGAUAACAUCAUCUCUUCAUAUUGCUCAUCCGGGCAAAGUUAUUGUUCUGCCGUUCACACAACUACCUAUGAUUUAGACGGCAAUAUAGCAAGAUCGGUAUUUUCCAAGUCGUGUACGUCAAGUCCACCUCGCUCGGAAUGCAAAAUAUCAAGAAUUCAUAAUGACCGAGGAAUCAAUACUGCAGGAUACUUCGAAAACACUUGCUACUCAAUUUGCAAUGAAGAUAACUGCAAUGCGAAUAUGAACAACCAAACAGUAACGACUGCAAGAACCUCAAACUCAUUACGAUGCCAACGAUGUUCAAGAUUUGAUGGUCAUGACUGCAAUGGAAAUACGAUAUGUCAGGCAAAUGCAUCGUAUUGCAUAUCGACCGUAGUUUAUGUGAUAUCUAGUUCAGGGUCAUCGUCAUAUCAAUUGAUGAGCGUUAUUCGUGAUUGCGCAACUUCCGACGUCCCAACUCAAUGCACCAGCAAGCAAUUGGGAACGUCGAAUGUCACAAAAGUAACAUGUCAGGAGACAUGCAAAGAAGAUGGAUGUAAUACGGGAUGGCCGGCUAGACCGAAAUGUCACCAGUGCCAAUCAGAUUAUUACAGUUCGGAACACUGCGUCACGGGAUUCUCUUAUACAUUACAAGACUGUUUACCCUAUCAAAAAUAUUGCACGGCACAACGAACCACUAAAAAAUUCCAAGCAGGAAUAAUUAGUUCGAGAAUAAAACGCUCCUGCAGUAAUCAUGAUAUCGGAAAUGGCUGUUCAAGUUAUAUUCACAACAACGUGACGAUAGAGACAUGUAAUCAAACCUGUUCCACAGAAGGUUGCAAUUUGGGAUAUAUUGAUGCUGAGUCAUAUUCACGGGGAGUUGUUGCAGUUUUCCUCCCAUAAAAAUG